GGACUUAAGUAAAAUUGGUCGGAAUGGGAAACGCCACCACAGCCUCAGGCAGGACGCCCCUCAGGGUCCUACCUAGCUCAAGUGCUUUAGCGUCAAAUGUGCGCACGCGCAAAGCCACGCCGACAUAACGCCCCUGUGUGUCGUUCCCAGGCCACAGCGGGCAGGGCGGAGCUGCGCCUCGCCGCUCUCACUGUCCUUGCCUCUCGGGGCGCCUCUUUGCGCCUGUGCAGCCCGAUGCGUAAGUGGAGGCGGAUCUUUUCCCGCCCCUCCGUUGGCUGCGGCAGCGGCGCUGCUGCGAUGGCGGCCCUGCUUGUAAACAAGCCCGGUGCCGGCAUCGAGAGCGGGAAGCACGGAACUCGGGGCCCAACCGUCGUUAAGGUUCUAGAAUGUGGAGUUUGUGAAGAUGUGUUUUCUUUGCAAGGAGACAAAGUUCCACGCCUGCUUUUAUGUGGCCACACUGUGUGUCAUGACUGUCUUACACGCCUUCCCCUCCAUGGAAGAGCAAUUCGCUGCCCAUUUGAUCGACAAGUAACUGAGCUAGGAGAUUCAGGUGUCUGGGGAUUGAAAAAAAAUUUUGCAUUGUUGGAGCUUUUGGAACGACUCCAGAAUGGCCCUAUUGGUCAAUAUGGAACAACAGAAGACUCAGUUGGAUUAUCUGGAGAGAGCAUCAUACGCUGUGAUGAAGAUGAAGCCCAUGUUGCAUCAAUGUAUUGCACUGUUUGUGCUACUCAUUUGUGUUCAGAGUGCUCCCAACUUACCCAUUCUACAAAGACUCUUGCAAAACAUAGGCGUGUACCUCUGGCAGAUAAGCCUCAUGAGAAGACUAUGUGCUCCCAGCAUCAGGUGCAUGCUAUAGAGUUCGUUUGCUUGGAAGAAGCUUGUCAGUCCAGCCCUCUUAUGUGUUGUGUCUGCAAGGAAUAUGGAAAACACCAGGGUCAUAAGCAUUCAGUAUUGGAACCAGAAGCAAAUCAGAUCCGGGCAUCGAUUUUAGACAUGGCUCACUGCAUACGAACUUUUACUGAAGAAAUCUCAGAUUAUUCCAGAAAAUUAGUUGGAAUUGUUCAACACAUAGAAGGGGGAGAACAAAUUGUGGAAGAUGGAAUUGGAAUGGCCCACACAGAACAUGUACCUGGUACUGCAGAGAAUGCUCGAUCCUGUGUCCGAGCCUAUUUUUCUGAUUUACAUGAAACUCUGUGUCGUCAGGAAGAAAUGGCACUAAGUGUUGUUGAUGCACAUGUUCGAGAAAAAUUGAUUUGGCUGCGGCAGCAGCAAGAGGACAUGACUAUAUUGUUGUCACAGGUUUCAACAGCCUGUCUCCACUGUGAAAAGACACUGCAACAGGAUGACUGCAGAGUGGUCUUGGCAAAACAAGAGAUUACGAGGUUACUUGAAACAUUACAGAAACAGCAGCAGCAAUUUACUGAACUUGCAGAUCAUAUUCAACUGGAUGCUAGUAUUCCUGUCACUUUUACCAAGGAUAAUAGAGUCCAUAUUGGACCUAAAAUGGAGAUUCGGGUUGUCACUUUAGGAUUAGAUGGCGCGGGAAAAACUACCAUUUUAUUUAAGUUAAAACAAGAUGAAUUCAUGCAGCCCAUUCCAACAAUUGGUUUUAAUGUGGAAACCGUAGAAUAUAAGAACUUAAAAUUUACUAUUUGGGACGUAGGAGGUAAACACAAGUUAAGGCCAUUAUGGAAGCAUUAUUAUCUCAAUACACAAGCUGUUGUAUUUGUCAUUGAUAGUAGUCACAGGGACAGAAUAAGUGAAGCACACAGUGAACUUGCUAAGUUGUUAACAGAAAAAGAACUGAGAGAUGCUUUGCUGCUGAUAUUUGCAAAUAAACAGGAUGUUGCAGGAGCACUUUCAGUAGAAGAAAUAACAGAACUUCUUAGUCUCCAUAAACUCUGCUGUGGUCGAAGCUGGUAUAUUCAAGGCUGUGAUGCCCGAAGUGGAAUGGGACUGUAUGAAGGACUGGACUGGCUUUCAAGACAACUUGUGGCUGCAGGUGUACUGGAUGUGGCUUAAAUUCACAUACAGCCCUUGUUUAAAGUUUGUGGUUAACUGUUAUUUGCACAUGACGGAUUGUAAGAAAUUCUGCAUUUCGAAGAUGGCAGUUAAUGUAGGAUUUGUGUUUACAGAACAAAAAGUUUGUAUCUUCCAUUGGGAAUUCAGUUCUUUUUUUAUACUCAUUAGAGUAAACUAAAAUGUUUUCCCUAGCAGAUUAAGUUGGUUAUAAAGAUACUUUGAAUUCACAUCUUUUUAGGUGAAUUUGGACAUUUGAGUUUAGAUUGCAUUCACUACAAGCACAUUGGAACAAAGAGGAGGAAGGUUAAA